AGACUGUUUUAAGCGGAACCUUUGAAACGAGCUGUUGUUUGACGUCGGCGUCGCACUCUGCAACUGUCAACAAGAGCCGGAGCGGGAGCCGCAUCCCUUGUAGCAAACGCUGAAAACAGCCCCAUUACAGAUCAGCAGAGAGGAGCCGGUAACCCGCAGGAGCUGCCACUGCGGUCUCCCGGGGGCAAGGUGGUGAUUAUGCGGUCGGGAUGGCGUCUGUAACGCAGCAUUAACAGAUCUCGGUCCAGGCUUUGGGGGCGCAUUCCUUGGAGUGUGUGCAUCCCAUACUCUGUGCCCCGAUGGAGGUCAGCGGAGCCCCCGCCGACAUCCUCCUCCAGCGUCCCUGGCUUCCCGUGAGCAUCAGCGGCUGCCAGUUCCUCGCUAAGAUCUGGUUUGGCGACUCAGCGUACCACAUCCUGCUGACUGACAUGAUCUGUGUGUGGGAGGAGAGGAUGGACUCAGCUGCCAUCCAGAGCCGAGCACAGGAGCUGAACAGGCGUUUGCGAGCCACGGUCACAGCUUUCUUCUCCCACCUGUGCGAGGUGGUUCAGCCCUGUCUGUCGGGAAGCGGUGAGCGAGCUGAUAGUGAGGCUCAGAUCUCCCUGAGACGACAGGAGGACGGCAACAUCAGCAUGAGGCUGAAGAGCGAGCUGGCGGGGCUGCCCUUCUACUGGGAGUUUCACUGCACCCCCGCCCCCGUCACACUGGCUUGUGUUCAGCUGGUGCGCCCCCUGCUGGCGAUGAGCCGCCUGCUGCAGUGGCAGGCGGAGCAGCUGCGAGGUCUGCUGGUGAGGAAGGACGCAGAGAUCCAGGACUACAGGGAGAAUGGAGCCACGCUCAGCAGAGAGCGGCUGCAGACGGAUGUUUUUGAGGAGCAGACCUACAGAGAGCAUUUCAUGGCAAAGGCUCUCCCUCUGGCUUGCUCUGAGCAGGAGGACACUCUGGGCUUCGACGACGGCCUGCAGCACCUGUACGCCUCCGUCGUCGCUCACGGAAACGCACGCACAAGAAAACGCAAAGCGUCGGAGGAGCGCUCUGUUGAGGAGGACCGGCCUGCCGCCGAGGAACCUGACCUCACCCCAUCUUUAGGUGUUGGAUCUGCCCGCAGCCGAACGGCUGAGGGGGGCGGAGAACGGAGCUACAACGGCCGGACAGACGCGCCCGGAGCCACGGUGGCCGACGGAGCCGCGGUACAACAGUCUCUGCCCAUCACGUCCAACCCUGCAGAGCGACCGUCCUCCAAACCAAAGAAGAAGAAAGUCGUGGGACUGUUCAGAUGAGCCCGAGCAGUAGGACACACACACAAUUAAGAACCUCAUUGGAAAAAAGCGCCUUUUUUCCAUUUGGAGGAAAAUGGAAAACGGGUCUGCCUUUUAAACUGUUUCUCAUUUUUAAACUUGUACUCUGAAGAAGGACACUUUUGUAGUUUGAGAUCCUGUAGCUGGUUUUAAUUUAGCUUCGAUUUGAUCAUAUAAACAGCUUUUAGAUUUAAAAUGUGAUUAAAUAUUUUUUUCUACUUUUAAUAAUUUUGUGAUCUGCGGCAUGAGGCUUGGUUUUACCUACGUAUUAAAUUUGACCUCUUAUCUGAUAACUGCUAUCAACACUCGUUGUUUUACGGACACAAUAUUGAAAAUAUUCAGGUAUUUAAACGGGUGACUAGUUGUAUUUUUUUUUCAUAUUUUAUCGAACAUUUAUUGAACAUGAUUUAAUGGAUAUUUGUGGGGGUUUUAGCGAAGUCAAGAAAGCUGCUGAUUAAAGAUGUAAAUGAAAUUUUAAUUCUGAUGGAUGUUCUCGUCCGUUAUUCGCCAAAUCGAUCACAGAGAACGGUCAAAGUGUGAUUGACAGUUUGAAAGAGGAGAUGUUAGCUCUAAAACUUAAAACGGCUGUAAACGGAACAUGUUUUGGGCUUUCCACUUCUAAAGAAGAAAGAUUUUUAUUUUAUUUUUUUCUAGCUACUUUAACACAGUCACUUCCAUUAAAGCUCUGACAAAGAUCCUUCAGAUCUUUGUAUUUAUAUUUGUUUGGUUUUAAAACCACAAACUCAUCUGUGUAUACGUCUAAAGAUGCACUCUGAAGUACUUCUUUUCUUCCCAAGCUCAGAGAGACGGAGUAUAAUGGGUUGACAGCGGUCGAUAGAGCAGCCUCUCUCCUUUUUUCAGAGCACAGUGAGAUGUUGACUCAAGGUGUUGCAGCAUCUCGGGAAUGCUUUUGAAGUCUUAGUUGAAAAGUCACUGUUUGUCUGCAUGGCCCUGGAGGAUUUCAAGUGUUUCUGUGUGAGAAAUGUUACUGAAAAGUGGUUUCACUUUAACUGGAAAUGCAUCACGCUCUCGAGAGGACAUGUACGUACUCUUGAGUGGCUUUUUUUCGGUGAAUUUCCCGGCAAUCCUGGUCCUAAUAAUUUCCCAUAAAGACUCUGGUAUCUAACUGUUAAGUCUUUGAAAAUUUUCAUCCUGCUGACACCGUCAUCAUUUGGUCUUAAAAGUUUCCUCUGUGGUUGUGGCGGAUAAACUUUGGUCAUAAACGAUAUUUACUGGGGUUACUGAGUACAAGAAAUUGUCAAAAAUCCAUUUUUAUUAGGAAUUUUUUGUAGUUGUUUCCCCCUCGGAUAUUAACGGUUGCUAAUAAACUCUUCCCUUGAUCCCGUCUGACGAGUAGAUCACUGCAAAUGAAAUCUGAUAAAAGUGCAACACCGAGCGCUUUCUCCAGUUCCCGAGUUAUGAUUAGUGCCACUAGAGCUGCAACGAUAAGUCAAAUCAAUCAGUUAGUCGCUUUAAAGCAAAGUGCUCGGCCCCUGUUUUUAAAAUCGAUUGAUCGUUUCUCACUUUUCACGCAAA